AUGGAUUCCCCUCUAGUGCCAGAUUCAGAAUCGACUCAUUCCUCCGAUGAGGAUGCUCACUAUGAUACUCGUUCUUUGACUGCCAGCAUCACCGACUAUCCCACCCACUGGGGCCGAAGAUACCACCGAUAUAAAGAAGGCGCAUACCUAUUCCCCAACGACGAAAACGAACAGGUGCGACUAGACGAGCAGCACGAAAUCCUCAAUCGCCUCCAUAGCCGCUUGUUCUUUGCUCCUCUUGACCCAGAUAUUGUCCAGACGGUGUUGGACAUCGGUACGGGCACCGGGAUUUGGCCGAUUCAACUCGCCGACUCCAACGUCCUUCCCAAUGCCAUUAUCACCGGCGUGGACCUUUCAGCAGUUCAGCCAGAUGAUGUACCUUCAAAUGUCUACUUUGAAAUCCAAGACUGUGCCGAAGAGGACUGGGUACGACAGCCCGGAAGCGUGGAUUAUUGUCAUGUGCGUUUCAUGGCAGGAUCCCUUACCUCUUAUGAAGACUUGAUCCGGACGUCAAGGAAAUACCUUCGUCCGGGCACCGGAUGGUUGGAGUGUCACGAAAUCCACCCAGAGCCUGUGUCAGACGACAACACCAUUCCCAAAGGUUGGGCCAUGAAGGCCUGGGAAGAGCAUCUUAACUAUGCCGCGACCAAGGCUCUCAAGCCACCACGACCUGUUCGCGUAGCAGCGGACAUCAAGACUUGGAUGGAAGAAGCCGGUUAUGUGGACAUCCACGAGCAUAUCUCCAAGAUUCCUCUCGGACCGUGGCCCCGCGAUCAACGCCUCAAAAACAUCGGCGGCUGGUGGCUUGCCAACUGGCUCGCCGGAUUGCAAGGCUUUACCUACAAGCUGUUCAGUGCCGAGGGCUUGAGGUGGUCCCGAGACGAGAUCGAGGUGCAUUUGGCCGAUGUCCGGAAAGCCGCCCUCAUGAAGUCGGUCCAUUCCUAUCAAAGGCAUUAUGUGGUAUAUGGACGGAGGCCAUCCAAGGAAGAGGAGCAAAUGUUGAGCCUGUACGGUCAUAGUUGA